AUGGCGGAAGAAAGUUCACCAGACAUUGUCCUCAACCUGAUAAGAAGAGCCCAGCCGUAUCUCUUCAUCCACGGUGUUAUCAACGGGAAGCACAAUGCCCCAUUCUUCGUCACUCGGUUUCAGGAUGCUUUGCAUCACUUCUCUUCUCUAUUCGACAUGCUUGACACUAUAAUUGAGAGGAUGCUGAUCGAGAAGGUAAUGUUGGGGAGGGAGGCGUUGAAUACGAUAGCCAGUGAGGGAUGGGAGAGAGUGGAGAGACCGGAGUCGUACAAGCAGUGGCAAUUACGCAACAUGAGGGCCGGGUUUGUGCAGGUGCCCUUAAGCAGGAGGCUAGCGCAGUUCGUAUUUAAUAAGAUAGCUUCGCGCUACCACAAAGAUUUCAACGUAGACAAAGUCGGCAAGUGGCUGUUGCUAGGAUGGAAGGGACGGUUUCUAUACGCCUUUUCUACUUGGAAACCGGCAUAG